CCAUAUCCUAAAAUAUUUUUUCAACGUGCGAUGUUUCUUUUCCUUUCUGUGCCGAAGUUUGACUACCAGAAAUAUUUACUGGUGGUCUAUCCUUGUGAAUCGCAGGUCUGUACAGCUUUUUAUCCUUUAUAAUCUUUAAUACAUGUAGCAGCAGAAUGUUUUCAAAUACUAAAGAUGGGUAUUUUUUAAAUUUGACAGCGUGUCGAAGGAUAAUUUUUGAACAAAACAGACCAAAAUAUGACAGCUCCAGCCGUCGAGAAACCUGCCGCAGAGGAGAACGAAGGUGACGCCUUGAUAUUUAUUUCGUAUGUUAAAUAAAAUGUUGGUAUCAGUUGUUUAAAAUACUGUUAAUAUUUAGAUAUUUUGCUUUUCAUACUUCAUAUUUGGGACUCCAUUAUUAUUAAUAAUGACUGAUUUUAUUAAUUGAUUAAAAAUUCGGGCAAGUUUAACACAUUUUUGUGUUGUAUGCUUAUGCACUUGAGCCCCAUGCACAUGUAUCUGGAUUUUGGAUUUGUAUUCACAAAUAUUUUGUUGUGGAUACACCUUCCAUUGCAUCAUUCUGGAAAACAUCCACACCUACCCGACAGAGGAAAUUGAUGGUUCACCCCCUACCCCUUUCGGAUCUUACUAUUAUCAGAAACAAAUGCCCCCGUUUCGGACAGCAGAAAUUUCCUCCGUGGGGUAGGGUAGCCUGCGAGCAGGCUCUCAAGGUGAAAUGAGAGCUUGCACUGAUGGCAUACAAUUUUGCAUAUCUGCGUCUUGAAUCGGGACACAAAAUUCUCAUUGGUCAGAUGCUAUAAUUUAUAUGUUUCCUCUGAGCUCUAUAUAUGUGAACUGCUGAAGCACUAUGCAUAAAAAACACAUCAAAGCACAAAAUGUUCUGUUUUGAGAAAACAGCAUCUAAAACAUUUAAAUUUUUGCUUGAAUAUCUUAUAUAUUUUUGAAAAACAGUAUAAACUGUACAGUCUAAAUUUAGUUUGCACAAAAGUUGUACACAACACCGUAUAUAAGGAUAGACAUAAUUUCCAUAUUUGGAAAAACGAACGUUUCGGGGCAGAUAUUCAAAAUUGUUUGUCAUCAAUGCAGGCUCUCAUUUCACCUUGAGAGCCUGCGAGCAGGCUAUCUGUGGGGAGGACCUAAUAGCAUACCUAUAAGUAGGGUGAUGCGGUUUCGUAAAAUAACCGAAACGAGAAUCGUUACAAAAUAACCGAGAUAACAGACUCUUUUAAUCAAUGAAAUUAUUUUGACAAAAAUAAACAACAUGUCUUGUGUGUUAACCAUGUGACAUCUUUGCAGACGUCCGCCUUUCUCUUAGCUAAUCAAACCGGAAGCUUUAAGCUUGUUUUGAUCCACUUUUAACCCGCUAUUUGAGUCGCAGCGCUUUUCUAGGCUUCUAGUAUUGAUUUAAAUCGCGUAAUCACCAAAGAGUAUAACGUAGCUUGCUUAUAGUUUUAUGUUGAUCACAUGUAGCACGCUUGUUUGUCUUUUUAUUUUGAAUUUUAUAUUUUGAAUCAGUUUUUCGGUUAGUCGGUUAUCUGAUAUUUAGAAGACUUGUGAAACCGAUCUGUAAAAAUAACCGAUUCAUCUCGGUUAACCGAAUAACCGCAUCACCCUACCUAUAAGAGAAACAAAUCCAGUCUAUGAGCACACUCCUGUGAUGGUUGCCUUGGUAAUUGAUUAAAUCAAAGAGAUCAAAUACAUGUAAACAUUCAAAUGUGAAAGUGUAGCCAUUUAUCCAACCAUAUUUGUCUGAUACCAGGCAAUUGUUCUUGUGAGCAGACUGAUACAAACAAUAAAUAUAUAGACCUUCGAACCACUUGCAAAUACAGCAAAAAUAGUUUAUUUGAUGACUUGAUAAGUUCUUUUCUUCAAACUUGGUCAAAUCUUUCAUGAAAACCCAAAAAAUUUCAGCAAUUCAAACGUAACCUUCAAGGCAUGCGAUGAAUUGCACUUCUUGAUAGGUUGAGGCAGUGUGAAAUCACACGCCAUUUCCAGGAUAGUCUGCAAACUAGUGUGGCUUGUUGAGUGAACCAGGCCUCUGGCCUGGUCAUGAGGAAAUGUCCACUUGCUUUAACCUAUGCAGAGUUUACAAAAUACCUUACUUUACAUUUUCUGUUACAUGCUUUGAACAGAUAGUUCAAUAGCCGGAGGCAAACCAGGCUCCACCAUGUUUAGAUUAAUUAAUUUAAUCUUAAAUUGUGGAAAAACUGCCCCAGGAAAACCUGAUGCGUAGUAGUAGGGUUUAGUUUUUGUGAACUUUUGUCAUGUUAACCAAUUGAGCCGCAAUGCGCCCCAGUGUGCCCUACUUAAUUUUUUUUACUUGUCUAAUGCCAGAUGAUUUUAAGUAUUGUCAAUGGGGAAGCUCUGCAGCCUAAUGGGUUAAAUGCAGAUGAUGAUAUUGUACAUUUGCUUAAUGAUUAAAAUUGUUAAGUGAGGGAAGUCCUAUUUUGUUGUACUAUUACUCCACCCUUGUAUCAAGUAAUUUUUUGUGUUGUGUAACAUGUCACCCACCCUGAGUUUAUAGUGCACAAUAUGGGAAGUGGCCCAAUGAUUAUCAGAUUAUGAGAUAUGAGAGCAAUUUUACAUCAAUACAUCACUGCACAUUUAGUGUUGAGUGAAUGUAAUUCACCCAAGAAAUACAGUAAAUAUUGUAAUAUCAGGUGUGUGUGUAAGUCAUAGUAUAAUAAACAUGGUUAUUUACAUGUUUCAAAGCUGAGCAUCAUCAAAGAUAAAAGAUUUCUGUUCUACAAAAACCUUUUGACCUCUGAUAUGUGAAAUAUAUAUUUUUUUUAAUUAAACUUUUGUUACUAUCCCCCACAUUCUGGCAAUUUCUCUUUUUAAUUCUUGACAUUUCUCGGCUUUUUCUUGUACUUUUUCAUAAAUUCUGCUAUCACAAGGUGCUGCAUUGUCUAUCUUGCAUGGCCUGGCUUCAUUCUCUAUCAUCUUGCAUGGCCUGGCUUCAUUCUCUAUCAAUUUCUGGAACUUUGUUCAUACCAUUUUUCCAGCCAAGACUUGGACCUUCUAUAUAUUCUUCUUUUGCUGCCUGCAUAUUAAUUAAAUUGUGGAGAUACUAUGGCCCCAAAUUGUGGAACAGUCUGCCAGAUAGUGUUAAGUCUUCAACCACUUAUGCAACAUUUAGGAAAGCGUUAAUAAAUAUUGAAUUAGGACUUAAAACAUUGCUUGCGACAAAUUUAGAUUUAGAAUUUCUAUAUCUGUAUAAUUAUAUACAGUAGCUAAAUUAUAUAUUUAUCAAUUAGGUAAUAUUUAGGUGGCAUACCUGUAAAAUAGCUGUAUGUGGCUAAGUGUAUAGUCCACAUUAAUAUAUUUUUGAACUGUACUAUUUACAUGUUUUACAUAUCCCUGGCAUGCAAGUAUGUCUAAGUGUGAGUGAUCCAUAAUUCCAAAUACUGGUAGGCUAAACUAUGAUCAUUGUGAUUUGUUUGAAAAAUCAAAAGACAAGUUAAGGAACAACCUACAGGUGUAAGAGUUGUUAUGUUAAGUUUUUCAUUGUUUUUAAUUUUAUUAGCUGGGUCUGGAACGGAAAGUGAUAGUGAGGAUGAUCUUCCUGAGUUAGAAGAAGCACAAGGCGGAGCAGGACUUAGUGAAGCAGGACUUAGUGAAGCAGGACUCAGUGAAGUAGCUGCUGCUGCUGGUGUCCCUGAAGAAUCUGUCAGCAAAGCUAGACAAAGUCGUAGUGAGAAGAAAGCCCGUAAAGCAGUUCAAAAACUAGGUCUGAAACUAAUCACAGGUGUAAACCGGGUAGCAAUCAGAAAAUCAAAGAAUAUCUUAUUUGUGAUUGCAAAACCUGAUGUCUACAAAAAUCCAAAUGGUGAUACAUAUAUUGUAUUUGGCGAGGCUAAGGUAACUCCAAUGUUCAUGUCAUACACCAAUUGUAAAAUGGCAAGAAGUGAUUUGUUUUGCAUUUUCAAUAUCUUCUGAUAACUGUACACAAGGAAGCAUUUUGUUGACCUGUGCCCUGUGUUAUUAUUUAGAUUGAAGAUCUGACUCAAACAGAACAAAUGAGGGUAAGGCUUUAAAAACAUCUUGCAUGUCCCCUACCUAACGUGCUCAAUGAUUAAAACACUUACAAUGAGGGAAGUCCAGUUAUGUGCACUGUUUGACCAUUAUUUCCCUUGUAUAUUGUAAAUGUGUGUGUCCCUGUAAUGUGUCGCCCACCCUGGUUUACAGUGUGUACAACUGGAAGUGGCCUGAUGAAUUUUAAGAUUAUGAGAUAUGAGAGCACUAACCUAUAUUUUUACGUUACCCAACUGCAUACCUUACUUGUAUUAAAAUUUGCUGUAUACUGUAUACCUUACUUGUAUUAAAAUAGAAGUAAGAACGUUUUUACUAUGUAACAUACUGUACGAUAUGUAUUUUAAUUAACAGUGGGGGUGAUCCAUUUAGUAUAUACACAACUAAAAGAAGAGGGGAGUCAGAAUGCUUUUUUUAAAUGUUUAUAUUUGUAUUUAUUAGGAGCUGACAAUGUUUGCAGUUUUUGUGUAUGCCUAUUGUUUAAGUGACGUCAUUUCUACUGUUCUUUGCAUACAAGGGGAAGGGAGGGUUCGAUUUUCGAAAUGUACUAAAUGGAUGCCCCCAUGAUUAAGAUUGGAAUCGGUUCAAAUGAUUCGAGCUUGAUAGAUUAAGUAGAUUAAAUGAAAGUGAAUUUUGAGUAGCUUUGAACAUGCAUGUUUUCAAGUGUAGUUUCAAACGUAUUUUACAAAACUGAUUUGCUCUUUUGAUCAGGGGGCAAGGUUUUCAGUCGCUGUUUGUUUUUUUAUAAGAACCGCCUCAGAAUCAUGCAACUAUUUAUCUAUUUAUAUGCAAAUUAAAAAGUGAUGUUUUCCACAAAAACUAUUAAAUGUAUUUCCAUGUAAACCUAGUUGGUUAUUUUCAAACUAGGCUGCAAAGAAAUUCGAAGCAACAGAGAAGUUUAUGUCAGAGAUUAGUGAAGUAAAAGAAGCUGCUGAACAAGAAGAGAGUGAUGAUGAAGAGGUAACAGUAA